AUGAGUCCUGAGAGCCAAAAUGAAUUUAUCAAGAUGUUAGUCGAUGAAUACAGAGAAAUGAUAGAUGCAGAGAUAAGCAAGGCUCCUUUUACAGCUGUAAUUGCAGACACCACCCCAGAUGUGUCAAAUGAUGACCAAAUGGCUUUUGCUGUUCGAUUUGUUAAUGACGAGGGAAAACCAUGCGAACGUUUACUCGAGACAAAGAUAGUAAUCGAUAAGACGGGCGCAGGCCUUGCUAAAGCUAUUUUGCAAGCAGCACAAGAAAGAAAUGUAGACACCACCAACAUCAGGUAUCAAACGUACGACAGCGCAUCAUCGAUGUCUGGAAAAUACAAAGGGGCACAACAGAUUUUUUCAGAAUUAUUAGAGCGACCAAUUAUUUAUACGGCUUGUCUACCUCAUGGCUCGAAUUUAGUUAUUGAACAUGCGUUCGAUGCAAGCCCUAUCAUCAGUAAUAUGUAUGUCAACUUAGAAGCACUGUAUGUUUUCUUCGCUGCAAGCACGAAACGUACUUUCAACCUAAAUGAAGUGAUGAAAACGUCUUCAGACUGUCUGAAAUUGACUAACUUGUCAAAAACAAGAUGGACUGCGCGGCCAGAUGCAAUAAAAGCUGUUUGGGUAGAUUACGACGAGAUCUGCCAAAGCUUGCAAGAGAUAUCUCAAGAUAGAAAAUUUGACCAAGAGAGCAGAACCAAAGCAUUAGGGUUGCUGAGCAAAAUAAAAAGCUUUGACUUUAUUUUUGCUAUUAUGUUCAUGAAGAACAUAAUGUUUAAAAUGAAGAUGAUGGUUGACCUUCUGCAGACGGAAGAGUUGGAUGUUAGCGGUGCUUUGUUGGCGAUGCAAGAGACAAAAGACAGUCUCAAUAGAAUUCGAAGAACCGAAAACGCCAUUAAUAACGAAGUCCAGGCAGCAUGCCUAUUCGAUAGUCAAUUCAACGUUGACGCAGAAGCUGAAUUUCAAAGGAUUCAUCGAAAACGUGUCCCACCAAGAUGUCUGGAUGCAAAUCCUGAAACCCAGACCAAUAUGUCUAUGGCAACGUUUUAUAGAAAAGAGGUUUUCCUUUUUCUCGACACAAUGGUGGAGGGUGUUAUCAGCAAAGAUAAAUGGCCUGGAGUACUCAUUUAG